AUGUCUAUUGUUAAAUCAAGUUUUGAAGAAAUAAAUAAAAAAUUUAAUAUACCAAAAAUAAAACGUGAUCCAUCAAAAAGACAAGAUAAUCAAGGACAGUAUCCGACAAUUACAAUUAUUCGUGAUUCUCCUAUUCGAACAAUUUAUCGAGAUUUUGUUAAAUUAUUUUCAAAUGGACGUCGAUUAGUAAAUACUGAAGCAGCUGCACAACACGGAGAAUUUAAAGGAGUUGAAAGUAAUUCUUAUAUGAUAGAAGUAUUUAUUUGUUCGAUUUAUUUUAAUUUAAGUGAAAUACGUUUAAAACAAGGUGGAUCACGUCGUACAGUAUCAUACAAAGAUAUUCGUGAAUAUUUUUGUAAAACAUCAUCAACUCGACUGAUCUAUAUUCAUUUGCCAACUGUAUGUGAUCGAUCUGCUUGUGAAAAUAUUAAUUAUAUUAAUGAGCUCAAGGAUUGUAAUAAAAUUCAUGCCGUUAUUUAUUCAGCUUAUCAUAAUGAUUUAAAUUUUUCUAAAUUAGUCAAUAAUGAAUUAUCAUUUGAACCAUUGUUUCAAAAUUAUAAAACAGAUUUCAAUUUGGUUACUCAAUCUAUCAAACAACUAUGUCGACAGAAAAAAGAUUAUCAUCAACAAUAUAUUUGGAUGAGUCCCUAUCCACCAAAUUUUAAUUUAACCAAGGAACAACAACAACAAUUUGAUACUAUUUUUAAUUGUAGCCAUCAAAUCACUCAUCAUGAUUUAUUAUUGCCAAAUUCACAUCAUUUUUCACCACAAUGUGUUCGAUUAUUUACUCAAUUUCUUUCACAAAUUAUUGAAAACAAAUGGGAUCGACCAAUAAAACACCCUCAAAUAAAGACAGUACAUAAAAUGAUGAGAUUAAAUAAUAAAUUAUAA